AUGUCAAAAUACACCAGCUUUCCGGAGCCAAUGGACGACCACAACCCUUUCCAGGACCCAGCAGUGACCCAACACAGCAGCAAUAGUGGUUAUGCCACACUGGACCUGUACAACCCAUUUGAGGGCACGGCUGAGCCCCCACCUCCAUAUGAAGCCACUUCUCCCUCUGCUCCACCUGUCUCAGCAAAGACCCCACCCAGCCGGACAACACCAACAGAGCCCCGUAACUAUGGCUCCUAUAACACUCAUAAUUCUCAGAGUGCAGUUAAUGCUACCACAACAGAGCUGAUGAAAAAGCAAGAGGAGCUCGAGAGGAAAGCUCGAGAGCUGGAGCAGAGAGAGCGGGAGCUGCAGUCUCACAGCUUGGGGCCAGGAGCUUCGCGACAAAAUAACUGGCCUCCCCUCCCAUCAUUCUGUCCUGUUGGCCCCUGCUUCUACCAGGACAUAAAUGUGGAGAUUAGCCAGCGCUUCCAGCGCACGGUCACCCUCAUGUACUACUUUUGGUUGUUCGGCACUGGAACUCUGCUCUUCAAUCUUAUCUCUUCACUGGCAAUGUUCUGCAUCGACACGACAGUUGGUGUCGGACUGGGUCUCGCCAUCCUAUGGGCUCUUCUCUUUACGCCAUGUUCCUUCGUCUGCUGGUAUCGGCCUGCUUACAAAGCCUUCAGGAGUGACAGCUCCUUCAACUUCUUCAUCUUCUUCUUUGUUUUCUUCGCCCAAGUGGUUGUUUAUGUCAUUAUGACUAUUGGCAUCCCUGGAUGGGGUUUCAGUGGAUGGAUCGUGAGCUUGACCGCUCUCAAACGAAACGUCGCUGUCGGUGUGAUCACGAUGUUAAACGCCAUACUCUUUACUGCCCAGACCACCAUUGGGGUGUUCAUGCUGAAGAAGGUCCACGGUCUCUACAGACAAACCGAUGCCAGUUUUCAAAAGGCCCAGGCGGAGUUCGCCACCGGAGUCAUGUCUAAUCAGGCCGUCCGCCAAGCUGCUGCCAACGCUGCUGCCAACGUCGCUGCCAACACUGCUCAAGGGGCUUUCAACACACCCGCCUGA